AUGACGGAUGUAAAAGAACUUCGUCCGCCAACUUUACUGCAGAAGUUAAUGUCAUUUGUGAUACUUACAUUAGUGAGCACGACCGUCGGUGUUGCGAUGAAGUUAAGUCAAACGGGUGGUACGUAUACUUAUUCACCUGCCAGUGUUGUUGUACUGACAGAAGUGUAUAAACUCAUCAUCACACUUUUAAUUGUCUGGCGUCUUGUCAUUACAAGAGAAGAAUUAUCACAUUCUUCUUUUUCAUCCUCUUCUUCUUCUUCUUCCUCAGUAAUUACUGAAAUGAUUCAUAUAUUAACAGAGAAUGUAACGAAAGAUCUUAUAUGGAGGGAGUUUUUACUAUCAUUAAUGUAUACAUUUGUGAAUAUUGUAACGUUUCCCAUAUUUACAUAUAUGUCUGCUAGUUUGUUCUUUCUUUUAAAAACAUCAUCACCUGUUGUGACGGCUAUUAUUCUUCGUUUUGUAUCUGAUCGACAUAUUUCUAAAGUUCGUUGGUUUGCUAUUAUUAUGCAGUGUCUAGGCCUUUUAGUGACUCAAGUUAAUUUCUGUACGGGUACUACUGCUAUUACACCAAUGGGAUAUAUUUUAACAGCAGCCAAUCUAGCUUCUUCCUGUCUUGCUGGAGUAUAUAAUGAAAAAAUUAUAAAAACUCAGGCAUCUAGUUUAAAUGCUCAGAAUGCCAUAUUGUAUAGUUUUGGAAUUAUACUGAAUACGAUUUUACACUUUGUCGCCCCUCCUGUUCUUUUGGGAAUGACAGAGAAACCAGAUUUCUUUGAAGGUUACAAACCAAGUACAUUUUUUGUUAUUAUUUCUAAUGGAUCUGUUGGGUUGGUUAUUAGUGCGGUGUAUAGAUAUGCAGAUGUUCUUAUUAAAACAUUUGGAAUAGCCGGAAGUACUUCUCUACUCUUUCUGUUUGAAUCUAUGGGACUUCUUCCAAAAGAUAAAAGGACGGCAAGUGUGGGAGUGACUUUUGCUGGUGUUGCGACUAUCUUUUAUGCGGCGUAUGUGUACAUUGCACCUGAGCCGCAAGUAAUGGAAUCUGUGAGAGAUAAUGAUGAUGAUGAUGAUAACAUGAUCGCUGCUCCAGCACUGCGUAGGGCAUAUACACAUUUGUGUGGGAUGUUAGUAUUGGGAAUUACAUCUAUUGCAUUAGUUUUCAUGGACUAUGGGAAUUGUUUUGUAUAG